AUGGCAGAUGCCAACCGUGAGCUGUUUGACGACCUGCUCGCGAGCUUGAAAAGCCUCCCUGAAAUAUCUUAUGAGGCUCUUGCCCGCCGAGUCCAUUACAAGGCAAGACAUGUCUCCCAGUUCAGUUCGAUGAUGAAAUAUAUCGCCGAUGUCGAUCCCUAUCCAUCCGACGACAAAGGCACAAAUGCCUCCCUGGCCGGCGGCGAGGACUGCACCGCACGGAUGGAACGCAUGGGCUGUUACUUCCUCUCCCAUGGGGUCAGAUCAGUCGACCAAAACAAGUGGACAAUAGAGUGGUACGAGAUGGCAUUCACUUGCUUGGCUUAUGAGAUGUAUAUGUUCUGGAAUGAUGGCAUCGUUCGCCCGCUCAUGCCGUUGCUACUGGGCGAGCAUAUUGAAAACCGUAUUAAAGUAAUGGGGAAAAAAUCCCUUUACACCCUACCAGAUGCUCCAGGCUUUAGAGAAUUCUUUUUGAAUGAGGUCCAAACCAAGGACUUUGCGAGCAACGUCAUGGAUACUGAUGCUGCUACGGGUGACCAUCUUUUCAGUAUCUCCAUCCUGCUGAUCGCGGACUACCUACAUUACAGAACUUUCCAGCCUCGCCUAACCCAGAUCUUUGAUAAAGAGAGACCAGCCUAUCAGAUCCUGGCCAAAUGGUCGCAAUAUUCCUGGGAAGUGGAGCCUGACGAUGAGAGUUUGAAGAAAACUAUGCUGUUUUGCGGGCAAUCUGCGACGGCACUGUUGACUGGCUUAGAACAGCCCCAGCUAGCCUCCCUUGCGGUCAAGGGCUUCUAUGAGUUGGUUGUAAACACGUCCGAUAACGAGGCUUACACAGCGGCAAUCAAAGACGCUCUGGAAAGAAUGGACAUUGUUGGUAUAAUCGACGAGUGGCAAUCCUACUCAGAGAGACUGCACAGCAGUCUAUUCUCUACUCAAUAUUCAAAGUGGACAGAUGCAGUACAUGUUGCUUUUAACAAGGACCGCGACGCAGUGCGUGGAUGGUACAAUCACUACAAAUUAAACUCCAUGUUGCUACCGGGGACCGACAUCGGGUUGUCGCAAGGCCCGUCCACCUCGGUUGAAGAAUUCUCUUCCCUGAAUGAGCAACCCCUUACUGUGAUGGAUCACUAUCAGCUCCGCGGAUCUAACGCCGAAGGUGUGCAAGUGCGUGUGGUUGGAUUUAAUGGCGGAAGGCCAUUUGCUACCACAUCCCAAGUCUUCCGAACCACCACCGGACUACGGGCAGUUGACCCGGAGAUCGCCAGAGCGUGUAAUCCAUUUGCGAAGAUUGAGCCGCUUAAAGUAGGCCAUGUUCUCUAUCGGAAAAAGGGAUCUAGCGAUGAGACAGUCGAAAUCAAAUCCAUGCAGGUGGAGCCCCUGUCUGAAGGUAAAUUAUAUGGGGUCUCUCUGCCGGGAACUCCGGAGUCAUUCUACGCGAACGGUUACCUCAUGGCUGUGAACAAUCCUGUUCAAAGUAUCCGGUCGACGACAGAAGCGCUCCGCUCUCUUUCUGCGGAGCAGCGCUUGGCAUGUCUUGCAUCUCUUAAGGAUUUGAACCCUAUGUUCGGUAAACACGAGCUCCAGACUAUUCACAGCCGACUAACUCUCGAGCUGUUCGGGGAUCAUCAGGUUGGGAAACAGAGACCUAUCUCAAGCUCGGCAGUUUUGCCAAAGAUCAGCUCACCGAGCCACUUGAUCAAAAUCAUGCGGGAUACUCCCCGCGCAAAGUCGAACGGAGCGCCGUUGGACAGACUUGAGAGGACAUUCACACUAACCCUGGCUGGCGGAGAAGAGAUACAGUCAGGCUAUCAGUUGCCUGAACUGAGUGUUGUUGAUGGUUACGUGCUUGCAGACGGUGAGCCCCAGCUGAAAUGCACCAUCAAUAGCGGUAGGCGGACCUUCCAGUGGACUCGACAACUUCAUUCGAAUAGCUUCGAGCAUGGUGUACUCGAGGUUCACCCGCAUGGUCUUUCGGGCCGUGGUGUGAUUUUGCUUUCCUCAUCAUCAGAGCCGACUGAAGUCUCCGGCCAACAGAUCUACCAUUUUCAAGCCAUGAAAAAGAAUGCAGAGGUCGAGAUUGACGACGAAAGCCAUCCCACUGCAAGAUCUGCUGGUAGCGGUCAGUUUGUAGUCACACACCACGUCAAUAUGACUUAUGACAAGAGUGUAUGGCCAGCGGACACGGAGCGCAACCAGCCGGAUAGUCCUAUUCCUGGCAUGGAGGUGAGGACAGGCAUCUACAAGUCCCCCAGCGGAGCACAGAUGCCAUUCAGCAAGAUCCGAGCCCUCGAUGACCUACGGACCGCAAUCAAGGACAAAUUCAAUCGCGACCUCGGGCAGUUGUAUGAUUGCUACCACACAAUUCUGGAAAGUGGGCAGAUGAGGGUGAAAUUUCAAUUCAAACUAGCGAGCCUAAUCCCCUUCAUCUCCGACGUUGGUGAGGACAUCACAACAGUCUUCAACGUGGGGUUUCAGUCAACACUGGGGACUGAUCUCACGCUGCCUAUUCUCUGUCAGUCAUUCUAUAUUGAUUUUGACGUGGAGGAGAAGACUGUCACUGGUGCUCUGUAUGAGUAUAAUCCUCUAGUCCGCGACUUGAAAGGAGACAGGUACGGCCAUGCAUCUCUGUACAACGCAAUAGCUAAGAUCGACCCUAGGCAUUAUAUUUCCGGUGUUGUUCGUGUUGACGAGAGCUUUGAUCUUCUGCGGUCCAAGGUGUCGCGUGCUUGUGCUGAUAUCUCGGACCCUGCCAUGCCAGUCGCGAGAUCCAAUAAGUUCCAGGCAGCAAAAAUCACCGAGACGUUACACCUGGAGCAAAGGACCGACAUCAACACCUUACUUGAGCCCACUGGCUAUGACGAGGUCGUGGUCCACAAUAUCUCACAGGCCUUGAUAACAUCGGCGAUGUACUAUCACAUGGACGAUAAGCAGCGCGAGGACCUCACUGAUCAAGCGAAGCCCACAGACUUGCCUUCUAGUUUAGCCGGUGACCUCCCAGCGGAUGUGAAACAAUUCCUUCGUGAGAAGUACGCCCCAGCGUUUCUAUGCCAAAUGAUCAAGCGCGACAAGAAGUACGGGACGUAUUUCAGCGACAAGCAAAAAGCAAGGCUCUGGUAUUGGUGGAAUGGGAAUGGCAAAACCUGUCUCGCUAAGUCCAAGGAAUAUGCCCAGCUCACCCGCAUAUCAUCUGGCGAAGCUGUCAAGCAGUACCUUGGCGAUGAGCUUGACGGUUUCAUGAAAGAUAACCCGGAGUCCUGGGCCGAGACUCUCUACACUGAACUCAAAUCCGAUCGCAGAAUGUACUGGUACAUGAAUUGCCCUAUUAGGAGAGCGACGAGAGACAUAAGCCAGGGCGUGAAUGUGAUGAACAGGCAAGCAUGCGUUCUUGAUGCCCUCGAUCAGUCUCACAAUUAUGCAGAUGAUUGGUUCAAGGAUGCUGUCGGAUUCAUUGGCGCAAAUCAACUUCAGUAUCCGUGCAUUAGCAACGACAUCGACAAAGCUCGUCAACAGCUACACGAUGUGCUAUAUAACCUGAUUCUCUAUGUUCUCACUGACAACGCCUCCAUCGACCAGGAGGUACGCGAGGACUUGAAGCAGGACAUAGAAGACUUUGAGGACGCCAAUGACCUCGACAAAUCCGAAGAUGAGGCGAGCCGAGCCAUGAAAAUCAUCCAGCAAAUUAGCGAGUUUAUCACUUCCGCCGGUGAAUGGAUCACAGCAAUAGAAAAAGGCCUUGCUGCAGCCUUUGGAGGGAGCAAGCUUUUCCAAAUAUCGGAAGCUGUGUUCGCCAAAGUUGCAGAUGCUAUUGGAGACAGAAUUCCUGGAUUGUUGAAGAUUAAAGGAGUUGCUUCGCUGGCAAUGGUGAGCAUUUACGCGCUAGAGCUAUUCGCAAGUCUAUACGGAAUCAUCAGCGACUGGAACGAGAUGCCAGACGACGAGAGGGCCAAGGCUAUCCUUGAGGUCGUCAGAGUUUCGGUGAACGCUGCUGCAUUUGCAAAAGGGGCAUGGAAAGAGUUCCGAGGUCGGAAGGGCUCAUACAGUCCUCAAGACGUCAUAGACACCGCUGAGCUAGAUCAAGGAUUCUACAAAUCUAUUGCUGAGGAGGGAGAGGGCUUGGAAAAUCUUUGUGAAGCUAUCAACCCGGAUGCAAGCUUUCAUGAGGUGAUUGGAGAACAUCUUACCCCGGAGGGAGCGGCCACCUCUCCGGGAGAGUCUGAGACCUGGGGCGAGCUUCCCGAUAGACCUCCGGCUGGCUUACCGGCCGAGGGUGAGGAGAUUGCUUCCAAAUGGAAGAUCGGAGGAAACGCCAUAAAGAUAUUCAAUGUCUGCAUGGGAAUAUUGCUCGUUGCUGCAGCUACAUACAGUCUGGUCGCGGAUUGGGACAAACUGUCAGACCGAGAUAAGAUCCUAAAUAUCGUCUCUACCCUCAUCCAAGUCCUCCAAGUGACCAUGGAUAUUGUGGAAUUAGGUGAGGCGAUGGGAGUCUUUGCAAUCACAGGUGCAUUUGCCACCGCCAUUCCUGUCCUGGGGGCAGUCCUCGUCAUUCUAGGUAUCGUCAUGAUGAUAGUCAAUUUCUUCCUUAGUCUUUUCGGGAGCUCGCAGCCAGACCCGGUGGCAGACUUCAUCGACGAUGUGGGCAAGAAACUGCUGGAUCAGCUUGAGGACUCGCCACCCCCGAAGCUAGAGUAUACCAUCUCCACGGACUCAGUCACUGUCGGCAAAAUUACUAGCAUAUUCGUCCAAGGCCAGAACAAGAGUGACCAAGAGCUCACAGUCUCGAAUGUGCACAUCACCCUCACUAGCGGCGGUGAAGACGACUGUCUUUUCAACAGCGACAGCUUCGAAUUGGUCAAUGAUGAUGACUCUGCAAAAGACAGCUCUAAGCAUGUCUAUGUGACACCGGGCAGUACUGUCGGUGCCGAACUUUCUAAUAGCCAGCUGGGGUAUGAUUAUUCGAAGAAUUAUAGCGAAUAUGAUCUCCAGGUUGCUGGCUGCAAGAAGGAGACGGAGAGUAGCCUGCUGUCUUUGGUGCUGCAGCCUGGGGAAUCUUUCAAGGCUUGGUGGACUGCGGAGAUCAAUAAAAAGGGGGACAGUUUUGUGGAUGUUGUUGAGAAGUCACUGUUUGACCGUGGGCAUAAACAGUUUCCUAUUGUACGGGCUUAA